AUAAAGGAGACUCAUGGGGUACACUUGUUCUGACGCCCGCAGUACGGCCUGGCGAACCCGAUGUUCCGCCAGCUCCAACUGCUGGUCACGGACUUGUGGCACUACGACGCGCUGCUCAAGAGAAAUGUGCUUCGCGCUUACGACUUGCCGCGCGAGUGGCGAGAGCUCAGCGCUGCCAGCUUCGCAGCGCUCUUCGCCAGCAACAUCCCGCGUCUGCCUGAGGCACAGACGUUCGCAAGGGUGGCAAAAGAGGCGACGGCCGCGGACAGACGGCCAACCUUCCGCGACAUCCCUGAGGACCAGCUGUACUUCCUGGUCCGGUGUUUUUCGGAGUGUGGUGGUGGCCAAAAAGUUCAGAGAGCCAUGUGUAACUUGGCUAUGCCUGCAAUACCAGCCUUCAGGCGAGCCUUCAAGUGUAAGCCCCACCAUCGACUGGUGACCAACUUCACUUGGUCCGAACCAACAUCGACCACAGGCAGUGCUUCACCGUAGUGCAACUAAGUGCUGAACUUUGGCGUCUAUGAACAAGGAACAAGGCUUCUUCAAGACUGCACCAUUAUAGAUAAUGCACAGAAUGUCGCGCAAUUUGGCCAUGUGGUCUAUAGGACUGUUUAGCUUUUUAUUAAGGAGCAGCUUAAGAAUUAGUGUGCAGUCAAAGCAAUGACAACUCUUUUAAGGACAUGCAGAAAGGUUUUUCUGAGCUAUCUUUCCACCCCCGUUGUCUUGCUUCGAAUGUGUUUUCUCGCAACUAUUCUGUGAAGUUUAGUCCUCGAGCAGUUUUCUUUUGUUGUUGUUUGGAAACUUGUUCACGAUUCUUUUACUUUUUGGCACAACCUUAACUUUACGCGAAUCGCAUUUCAUGAUUGUAUGUUAAUAGCGCGCACACUUUUCCGUUAUUGCGCUGCAGUCGCCAGAAAAACGCGCAUUUCUGCUUGAGGUUUCAGGGCAUAGCUGGCAACUUUCUUUAACUUUUUAAAGCGCUUGGGUUAUAAAAACAUUUGGGCAUUGGAUGCACAAAGCGUUAACGUGAGUAAUGCAACAUCACGUUUUCGACAUUACUUCGUAUUGAGUGCGAGCACGUGCUGCAGGUGACGCGCACCCAGUGAAUUCACUCGCGAAAUGAUGACGUGUUUUUCAUUGCAAAUUCGUGGUGUAUAAGCCAUGCUUUUGGUAUUGAAGCAGUCCUAUGACGGUCUGCGAAUACAAGAAGUUGGAACAAGACAAAGGGCAGGGGGAGAAAAGAAAAUAUAAAGAU